AUGUAUAAUUAAAGAAUUUGGAACAAAGUAGACUAAUACAAAUCGAACCAUACAAAUGGACUACGUCUAAAGCUCUUAAAAUCAAGCAAGAAUACUCAUUUUGUCUAUGUACUAUGCACAGAAUAUAAUAUAGUGCUAUUUAAAGAUGCCGAUUACACGAAACCUUACAAAUAUUUACCAAUAAACUUUGAAUAUAAGUUUCAAGUUUUAAGAACUCCACCUUUACUUAUAAACCCGUCGCUUUCUGAUAAAAAAGGCGAAAAUGUUGUAUCUCUGGGAGAAAUACUUGCUAUAAGGUUCAUUCGGGAAGACGUUGAAAAGUGGAGUGAAUUUAGGGGAUCAGUGAGUGAUUUGGACUAAUUGAGACAGUUUUUAGGGUUAAAAAUGAACUAAAUCGGAUUCCAUUAGUAUUUCAAGGUGUACAAGAAAAUAGGGAAAGGGAGUUUCGCUUCGGUUUAUUUGGCUUAGAGAAUAGAGGAUGGAACAAAGAUGGCUGUGAAAGCGUUCUGCAAGAAUGCAGUUUAUAAGGAAGAGAACGGAAAGGAAGGGUUAAUUAAUGAAAUUCAAAUAAUGAGAAUUCUAGAUCAUCCAAACUUAAUGAAACUGUAUGAAGUUUAUGAAACCAAAAAUUCUAUCUAUAUGUGUUUGGAAUUACUAGAAGGAGAUCAAUUGUAUGGACUAUUCAAGACGAAAAGGUCAUUUACUGCUCAACAAAUACAUUCAAUUAUGAAAGGCUUGUUGGAAGGAUUGAAUUAUAUGCACAACAAGGGGAUAAUGCAUAGAGAUCUCAAACUAGAAAAUAUCCUAUUCAAGGAACCAGAUAAUUGCGAUUCCGUGGUGAUAGCUGAUUUUGGAUUGGCCACAAAGGUGGAUUAAAAGCCAUUUCUGUAUACCAAAUGUGGAACCCCUGGAUUUGUUGCUCCGGAAGUUAUCAAUUUGAAGGAUGACCAAUUGUCUUAUGGUUCCAUCUGUGACGUAUACUCCUUGGGAGUAAUCUUAUACAUCUUGUCUACCGGACAACCGGUGUUCAAGGGCAAGAGUUAUAAUACUAUUGUGAGGAGGAAUCGAGAAGCCAUUGUGGAUUUUCAAACUGAAAAACUUAGAUAAGUAUCCGAUAAUUAGAGAAGCUUAUUGAUUAAGAUGCUCCAGGCAGACCCAGAAUUAAGGAUCACUUCGAAAUAGGCAUUGAAGCACGAAUACUUUUGUGCUUAUUAUGAGGAGGAGUUCGCCUAGAUGUAUACUGAUGAUGAUCCACACUUGGGGGAAAUGCUUGUCAAGUUGAAUGCAGAAUAUAUUCGAUUAGAUAUGGAAAAGUUAAAAAGAACGAAUGAUGAGGAUGACAUUUGCAAGACUGAGGAUUUGAAGGUUGAUUAGAGUCAGGAAAAGAACGAUUUUCUUAAAAUCAUCAUGAGAACCCCAGUCAUCACUGGAAGAACCAAAUCUAUUGAAAGUAUAUUGUAUCUUUAUUUAGACUCUCCGCUCAAUGGAUUCCAGUCACCAAAUCUAGACCCGAACACUCAUCACAUCUAACAAAUUUAGACUAAGUGGAUGAACCCUUUCGUUUUAUAAAAUUGA